GUUUGAACAAUGAAGCACAAAUGAGAAACAGAUAGUUAUAAAAAAAAAAACAGAGUUUUGAAAGAAUGGAGGAAAGAAAGAGUAAAGUGACAUUACAUGGGAUGUGGGCAAGCACAUACUCGAAGAGGGUCGAAAUCGCCCUUAAACUCAAGGGUGUACUCUACGAGUACGUCGAAGAAGAUCUCAAGAACAAGACCGAAUCGCUAAUUCAACUCAACCCGGUUCACAGGAAGGUUCCUCUUCUUGUCCAUGAUGGUAAACCAGUGGCUGAAUCCCAAGUGAUUCUUGAAUAUAUCGAUGAAACAUGGGAGAACUCUCCUCGUCUCUUCCCGGAGGAUCCUUAUGAAAGGGCACAGGUCCGGUUCUGGGUCAGCUACAUCAACCAACAGGUGUUUGAGGUCAUGGGUCGAGUUCUGUUCCAAGAGGGUGAAGCUCAAGCAAAGUCUGUAGAAGAGGCUCGCGAGAGAUUCAAAGUUCUUGAAGAGGGACUCAAGAAGCAUUUCCCGAACAAAAGAAUCAGAGGGAAUGAUGAUGUAGGGCUUUUGGAGAUCAUCAUCAUCGCUACUUUUGGAUCCCACAAAGCUUCUCAUGAAACAAUCGGUGUAGAGAUCAUUGAUCCAGUGAACACUCCAACUUUAUACAACUGGAUAGAGCGUCUGCAAGAGCUGACUGUGAUGAAAGAAGUCGAACUGCCUCGUGAUAGGUUGGUGACAUUUCUCCAGAAAUAUAGACAAGAGCAUCUCCAGCACGCUGCGAAUGCGUAACGAGACUGAAAUGUUGGUCUAGUGAGUUACUCUCCCAGAGUAUAAUACAUCUAAAGUUAACAAAAUAAUCUUGUGGGACAGUUACUUAUGAACUUAUGGCAGCUACUUGUGUAUGAUUAUGAAACUAAAUAAAGCAUUUGUGGUAUCUUAGGCUUUCUGUUUUCUAUAGCCACUUGAUACACUUUGUUCUCAUACUUUUGCCAGAAAUAACAUGGGAAUUGCGAUGAUAACAUUUCUAAUCAAGAUUUUGACUCGUUCAUUGUAAGAUCUACUUUACAGAGAUUGUAACUAACUAAUUAACUAACAAAAAGUGUAUUAGUACUCAGAAAUACCUACAGCUUCAUAUAUCUCGAGCAGCUUCUUCAAAGUGGUGAGGUGUUCCUAGACUAGAGCUUCUUUCACACCUGUGCCAACAAAUGCUGAUUGAUUUGGAGGUAAGCCACUGCAUCAGAUUCAUAUGGCUACAACUGUGAAACCCUUUUUCUUGCGUAGCCUUUUAUCUCUAAGGCCAUCCAAAAGAAGUUCGUACGCAUAAUAUGUAAUACAGCUCUUCUUCAACAGAUCCUCCAAAACAAUCUUCGGAGCAGCCACCUCCUUUUUGUCAACAUCAAAAAUGGUGUUCACAGACUCAGGUACGAGUCCUUUCUGGACCAUCCGAUGGAUAAUACCGGCAGCUUCAUAAACUUUAUCCUCCACACACAGACAGUUUAUGACACGUCCAAGUGUUUUGAUCGGUGGAAUAAACCCAUUUUCCAUCAUCGUCAGUAGAAACUUGUACCCCAAAUCGACAUUUCCCGUUUUGCAAAAACCAUCAAUCAUAACCUGGUAUGUGUAUCCAUCAGGAACAAGACGACGAUCGACCAUCUCUUGGAAAAGCUUUUCUGCCAUUGUAACAUUUAACUUCUCAGUGAAACCAUGAAUGAUGAUAUUAUAUGUAUCCGUUGUACUUGAAACCUUGUAAAUCUCUUCCAUCUUCCGGAACAGCGUGUAUGCUCCAUCCAAGUCUCCGUUUUUGCAGAACCCGUCGAUCAACGUUCCAAAUGUAACAGCAUCUGGAUUCACACUCUUGCUUUUCAUUUCCUCCAGCAACCCCAAGGCUUCAUCUAGCUUUCGGUAUUUGCAUAGACUCUCGAGAAGUAUAUUGAACGUGUAUAAGUUAGGAGCACAGCCUUUCUCCACCAUCGUUUGAUAUGUUUCCAUCACAUCUUCAUACUUUGACGUUUUGCAGAGACCAUCCAACAGAGAGUUGUAAGUGUACACGUCAGGAUCAACACCGUUGUCCAACAUAACAUCUAAGAUCUCAAGUGCGUUUUCCAUUUUCAGCUGCGUAGAAUAACCAAGGAUCAAAAUGUUGAAAGUAAUAAUGUCAGGAGAGUAGCCUUUGGAGAUCAUGACUUUAACGAGACCAACAGCAUCGGAAACACAUCCCAUCUUGCACAAUCCAUUGACCAGUAUGUUGAAAGUCUCUACCUCGGGAAUCAAACCCUUUUCAGACAUUUCACUAGCUAACUGAGCAGCCUCCAGGAUCAAACCCUGCUUAGACAAUCCGUUGAUCAGUGUGUUGUAAAGAAUCACGUUAGGCUUUACUCCUUUCCCUAAGGCCUCAUUAAAUAACGCUAAAGCACGGUUUGUUUCACCUUCGUGACACAAUCCCUCGAUCAAGGAGCGAUACGUAAACUCGUCAGGCACAAACCCAUUGAAAACAGCAUUACCUAGAAUCUUUUCCGCAAGCUGCACCAUUCCACUUUUGCAGUAUCCAUCUAUUAGCGUGUUAUAGGUAAAACUAUCAGGCUCAAGCCCUUCAUUCACCAUUUUCCCCAAGUAAACCUCCGCUUCCUGAAACCUGGAACUCUUACACAAGCCAGAUAUUAUAUUGUUAUACGUGACGACAUCAGGUUUUGGUCCCUGCUCUAUGAGACAACCCACCAUACGGACAGCACCACCAAGCUCACCUUUCUGACAAAGCCCCUGGAUGAAAAUAUUAUAAGUAAAGAGAUUCGGUGAAACCCCUCUUUUGAUAGCUUUCUCCAGUAGCUUUUCACACUCCUUGACAUCUCCUUUCUUGCAAAGAACAUGUAGAAGCUUGUUAAACGCUCUAAGACAAAGAGAAACACCAGAUCCAAGCAUCUUCCCAAACAACUCAUACGCCUCUUCCUUGAAAUUCUCUUUGUAAAACCCACCAACCACCGUACAGUAAGCAACCACAUUCAUCUCACAGCCCUGAGAAGACAUAUUGUUGAGGAGCCUCAAAGCAGCGUGAGGCCGACUCGUCCUGCAAAACGACUUCAUCCUAAUAGUAAACGAGUACACAUCAGGAGUGAUUCCCCUGUCACGCAUCCUCAUAUACACCUUGUGAGCUUGAUCAAAGUAUCCACUAUCGACCAAUAUACUCAUAAUCGCGUUGUAAGAGAAGACCGUGGGCUCACAGUCAUAAAAAUCCAUCCUUUCAAACACAUUCACAGCUUCUUGAACUUUCCCUUUCCUGCCAUAGUUCUUCAUAGCCCCAACAUAAACCCCUUCGAGCAUAUGGUUGCCAACACUCCGCCGCAUAUCCGCCAAAACCUGCUCCAUAGCCUCGAAUUUACCAUGAAGGCCGAGCUUUUCGACCACACUCCGGUAAGUAGACAGAGUGUGCUUGAAACCAUCCUCUUUUUUCAUCGAAUUGAACAUUUGUAAGGCUUUCAUAGGAUCCUUCUGACAUUUUAUAACUGCUGUUACAUGUCUCGGAAGCAGGGAAGGACCCAUUAGGAGAAUCGCAACCUAACGAAGACUCUUCGUUUCGGAUUUCCUCCCAAAGAAGAGAGCAGAAGUUUGUGAUUUGAUAUGUUGAACAGAUUAAAAAAUCUGAGGAGAAAGAAAAAUGUUGAACAGAAUUAAGAAUCGAAAAUCCAGAUUGCCUAUGAUUCUUUAUCAAUCCGAACGAAGAAAAUCCAGAAAACAACGGAAGAAAUCAAUUACAACAGAUGCAGUCGAUGGAUUCUAAAAGGAGUGGGCUAUAACUAUCUCUAUAAUUUUAUAACAUAAGUGAACAGAAAGUUGAUAUGGCCGAGUUGGUCUAAGGCGCCAGAUUAAGGUUCUGGUCCGAAAGGGCGUGGGUUCAAAUCCCACUG